AUGUACACCGAAGAACUCAACACCACCGGGAACGCGCUGUUCCGGCACCGCAGCUACGUCCCCGUCCUGUUCCUCGCGCUGCUCCUGCUCGGCAUGCGCGAGUUCUCGUAUUUCGGCGACGACCACACCCUCGACCUCGUCUGGGAAGUUGUCUGCUUCUCGGUGAGCAUGUUCGGCCUCGCGAUCCGGGCGCACGUCGUGGGCCACGCCCCGUCGCGCACCUCGGGUCGCAACACGAAGCACCAGGUCGCGCACACGAUCAACACGACGGGGCUCUACUCUCUCGUCCGCCACCCGCUUUACGUCGGCAACUUCUUCAUGUGGCUGGGCGUCGCGAUGUUCCUCCACGACUGGCGCCUCGCGUUCAUCACCGUCACGCUCUACUGGCUCUACUACGAGCGGAUCAUGAUCGCCGAGGAGAACUUCCUCGCGAGGACCUUCGGCGACGCCUACCGCGAGUACGCGAGUCGCACGCCCGCGUUCGUCCCCACGCCCGCCUCGAUCCGAACGUACGCGAAGCCCGAGCUGCCGUUCUCCGUGCGCAACGUCCUGAAGCGCGAGUACUCCGGCUUCUUCGCCGUCGUGCUCAUCAUGUUCUGCCUCGAGAUCAUCGGCGAUUACGUCGUGCUCAACGAACUCACCGUCGACCCCGUCUGGCUCGUCGCGUUCGGCAUCGCCGCCGCGAUCUACCUGACGCUCCGCACGCUCAAGCGGCGGACGCGCGUGCUCCGCGUGGCCGGGCGCUGA